ACGAGUUCAAAACGCAUUGUUAGUUUUCUCGAUCUAAGAAAAAUUCGUUAAAUUGUUACUAUGCCGCCGAAAGUCAGUGGUAAAGCCGUGAAGAAGGCUGGCAAAGCCCAGAAGAACAUUAAUAAAACCGAUAAGAAAAAGAAGAGAAGGAGGAAGGAAAGCUACGCAAUCUACAUCUACAAGGUGCUCAAACAAGUUCAUCCUGACACUGGAAUCUCCAGCAAAGCUAUGAGCAUCAUGAACAGUUUUGUGAAUGAUGUGUUUGAACGCAUUGCUGCCGAGGCAUCGAGACUGGCGCAUUACAACAAGCGUUCUACAAUAACUUCUCGGGAAAUCCAGACGGCAGUAAGGCUUCUACUUCCUGGGGAAUUGGCAAAGCACGCUGUGAGUGAAGGCACCAAGGCAGUCACCAAAUACACCAGUUCCAAAUAAUCUGACACGCAUCGGCUUCAUUUAAACGGUCCUUUUCAGGAC